GGGAGAUCGUACAUGGACGACAAGUCUCUCUACAGUAGAUGCACCCUUAAUCUUCCUUAGGUGAUCUAGUAUACAAUCCCCGACUCCUCAAGUUUCGAGACCACAUUGAACUUUCUGAAUACGCCUUUGUGGUUCAACGUUCCAACAUCGCAGCGAGAUCGUUGUUAGACAAGAACCUAGGCUUGAUCCAUCCUCAGUAUGGAAGUCUCGAGCCUUUCGAUAGCGACGAUGAUGCCAAGUCCAGUGACGAAUUAGAGGUCGAUCGAGAAACCCCUUUGAUAGAGAGCAGCCCCACUGCAUGGCUGUUUCCAAGAUGGCAGCCACAAGAACCACUCUACGUCUUCGGAACAUCAUCCAAGUGCGAUGUUGUUCUGCCACCAGGGAAGACUACGAGUCGAAAACACUUUUUAAUCUACCUUCACAACGGCUGCUGGAUGAUACAAACCUUUCCAAAUGUGGCACUUGGAUAAACGGCGAAAAAUUGGUGCUUCGGGCGACCCAAAUGCAGUCUGCUCUUGCCCCGGACUCGUCAAACGACAUUCGAGCAGGGGAUUUUGGAUGCAGCAUCCACCCAAUACCCCACUCUUCCCAGAAAGAGAACCAAAUUUCGAUGUUCCCAGAGCGCAUUGCCUACCCUCAGAGUGAGGAAACCUUAACCACUUCUUCCACCCAGAUAACCGGAACAUACGACCCUUCUUAUGUCCCAAUGGAGGCCUAUCACUAUCUCCCGGAAAGAAACAUUGUCGUUCAAGAAAACUCCGAAGUUUACAUGGCAGUUUACAAAGCAAGUGGUGAAUAUUGCAUUGCCAAGGUGUAUAGAGAAAAAGAGGAGGAAAAGGCCUAUCGACAAUUCGAAGUAGUACAACGACUAAAGAAGGAACAUCACAUCGUUCCAUAUAAACAAAUGGUCAAUACGGAAAUUGGUUCUCGGAUCAUUACUCCAUACCUUCAUGCAACAACUCUUAGCGAAUACUUGGAUCCUUCGUCAACUCAAAGACCUGAUAUCGAUCUCAGCUUUAUGGUGUACAAACAUGUAACGGACGCUCUUGCUUGGCUGAAAGAGAAGGGGAUUGUGCAUAAUGAUGUUAGUGAGAAUACCAUCUGGUUGGACGUGUGGACGGUCGGACAGAUGCUCCCAACGCAUAAUGGUCGUCCAUGUUGCGACCCUCAAUGGAGGUUAACAAUGUCCCAAGUUAUCGAGGGACUUAAAACGGCACGCGAGGUCGUCUCUAGUUUGGAAGCUAUGAGUCCUGGUUAUGAACAGGCGCCAUUCAGGAUUUCUUUAACAACCAAAAGAAUGGCAAUCAAGCGAAUCGUCGACCAAAAUGGCACGGAAGCGGUUCGACUACUCGACUUUCUUCGAGUUGUUCUUUGUCUCGAUCCCAGAUAUAGAAGCACCGAACAUGCUAUCCAAAAGGUUAUUCGAAAAAGGGACCUCUUUUACAUUGGUGACGAUGUGUAUUGCCAUUUGCGUGAUGCCGAAAAACUUCUACACUAUCUGAAUAGAAACCAGCACGUCAUUAUUUUCGAUCUCACACCACCUUUCCAUUCGAAAGCAUGUUGGUACGAAAUGACUUACGUUGCCAGCGUACCAAUCAUCUACCAUAGGCCAACUGGAAUGGUGAAUGUCACCCAAAUCCUCAACUUCUUUGACCAAGAGACUGUCUGCGACCUUUCGGAACAUUUCAACCCAUCGAUUCAACAGAUUGUUGGUUCCCCGAAGUGGGAAGGGUAUUACGUCGACGGAGCGUCGAUGAGAGGUAUUUUGCAUCACCUACAUCUUGACCCUCUCCCAGAGUGGGCUAAUGCGUCUGAUAUUAAAGGCGAAAAGGAAACAUCGACAAUAGUUGCAACCCAAGAAAUGAUUGGCAAUAUCUUGUAUCAUCGAGACGAUGCAUCAGUAAGAUGGGAAGGCAAGACAAUGGCAGCAGAGACCGCUAUAAAUAUAUGCGAAGGUCACGGGCUUUGGAUCGCACAUGAUGCCCUUCGUCGAUUCUAUGAGUAUUCGCACGAACCUGCAUCUACUUGGACUUCCAUUUGUACCGAUGCCGAUAUUAUAGGAUUGUUUGAUUCUUCUAAUGAUUCCGACUUUACAGCGUCCGCCACGAGUCAUAACUCUUUCCAAAGUAAUCAUGAUCGGGUCAAUCCCUCCAAGAAAAAAGGGCCGACGAAUAUACCCCUCCUUCCACAACAGAAGCUACGACCAUUAGAAGAGGAAAAUACCCCGGCGAAGAAAGUAGAAGAGUGGAUUUUUUACGAGCCUCAGCGAAGGAGCCAAACCGAAAGCACCCUUAGUCAUUUGACGGAUAUUUACGAUGACACCUCAAGCAUAUGUGAAGAAUGAAAUUUUAAGCAAAGUUCUGUUCCUGUGGAAGCAAGGCCUCUAAGUUGAC